AUGGCUAGCCCUACAGUUCUCUCGUUCGAUUCUGAGGGCCGCCCGAUUAAGUUUGAUACCUGGCUCGAUGAUCUGCACCUGUUCCUCCAGCUCACUGCCAGAGAGGAUAUCUCGCUGUACGAUCACGCACUAGGCACAGUCCCUGCUCCUGCUACUACUGCUACCGCUACUGCUCGCUCGCAGUGGCAGACUCGCGAUGCCCACGCCCGCUUUGCCAUUCGCAACUCCCUGCCAGUCGAUGAGCGCGAGCACUUCGGCCAGCAUCAGACUGCGCAGGCCCUGUACACUGCUGUAGUUGCGCGCUACUCCUCCCCGGCCUCAGCUGCACUAGGCCGUCUCUCCCUUCCCUACCUGUUCCCUGACCUGUCCGCUUUCCAGACAGUCGCUGACCUCAUCACUCACCUCCGUACUAGUGAUGCUCGCUUCCGUGCAGCCAUGCCCGCUGAGUUUCUUGCCUCCAACCCUCCCCCGCUCUGGCUCACUCUCUACCACCUAGUCACCCGCCUCCCUGACACUCUGCGUACAGUCAGGGACCACUUCCUAGCUCGCUGUCCCACUGAGCUCACCAUUGCCGCCCUAGAGAAGGAACUACUUGCAGCUGAGAAGAGUAUUGUAGCUGUAGGUGCCUCUCGUGGCGACCCCCGCACCCCUCUCUUCGAGGGGUGUUCCCCCUCCCCCCUCCUCCCCUCUGUCGCCUCUGCUGCUGCUGUCGACCUUCUUGGUGCUGAGCAGGUCGGCUCUGCGUCCGCUCCCAGCGGGCGCCGCAGCGGCAAGGGCAGGGGAGGCAAGGGCGGUGGGGGUGACGGCGGGGGAGGUGGUAGUGGGGGUGGUGGCAGCGGCGGGGGCGGUGGCGGGGCUGGAGGGGCUAGUGGCAGCGGUGGGGGUGGUGGAGGCAGCGGCGGCGGCGGUGGCCGCGGUGGGGGCGGUGGUGGUGGCGGCAGUGGACGUGGCGGCGGCAGGGGCGGUGGUGGUCGUGGUGGAGGCGGCGGUGGUGGUCGUGGAGGCUCUGGCACUAGCCAGAGUGCGCAGCACCCUCAGUCCUCCCAGGAGCUUCGUGAGUGGUACUUACAGCACGGGGGUGGGGGGGGUAGCCUUAGCUGCACGUACGUCAUCCGCACUGGUCGCCGCAAGGGACAGACGUGCGGGAGGGCGCACACUUCGCAGCGCUGCUUCUCUCGCCUAGAUGACGCUUGGCGUGCUCAGUUUCCUGACGCUCCUGAGCUCCCUCAGUGGGCUGAUCUCCUCAAGAAGGAUAUCGAUAUCUAUGCUCUUGAUUUUGAUGUUAUUCUCAAAGCAAUGUAUGCAUUGACUAUUAGUGGAGAGGAGGACCAGUACCUGAGUGUUCCGCCUGACCCAGGCAUCCGCACGAGUGAGGCUGCCGCCCUAGGUGCUUGCGUGUCUGCUGCCCCAGGUACUGGUGAGGCUACUGCUCUAGGUGCGUGUGUGUCCGCCACCCCAGGUGCUACUGAGUCCACUGAGGCACUGCACACCUUCACUCUAGACUCAGGCGCUUCGCGCUGUUUCUUUCGUGACCGCACUGCUCUUGAGCCUCUUGCUCGACCAGUCGCUGUCUCGCUCGCUGACCCCUCUGGGGGUCCGGUCAUUGCGACCUCCUCCACCCUCCUUCCUUGUCCUGCUGUCCCGUCGGGCACACUGUCAGGUCUCCACCUCCCCUCGUUCUCUACGAACUUGGUGGCGGGUUGUGCGCUUCAGGAUGGGGGUGUUCACCAGUUCACCCCUGCCUACGAGCGUGUGACACACUGCACGUGUGCUCGGACGGGCCGUCACCUGGCUACCUUCACUCGGCAGCCGGGGUCGGACCUGUACACACUGACCACUGAGUCCCCUCAGGUAGCGGCGUCUGCGUCUGCGUCUGCGUCAGGUCAGCUCUCUGCCCCCUGCUCGUGUCGCUCUCUAGCGCACAAGACUGUCCUCUGGCACCACCGACUUGGUCACCCGUCAGUGCAGCGCCUUCGGGGCAUGCACGCCCGGUACCUUGUCUCUGGUCUUCCUCGGGUACUCCCUCCCCUCCCACCCUCCCUUGCUCCUCCUUGUCUUCCCUGUGUCGAGGGGCGGCAGCGCGCUGCCCCUCACUCCUCCUCGUUCCCCCCGACGACUGCUCCUUUGCAGACGCUCCACAUGGACGUGUGGGGCCCAGCCCGCGUCCGUGGUCAGGGCCAGGAGAGGUACUUCUUGAUCGUCGUUGACGACUACUCGCGCUACACCACGGUCUUCCCGUUGCGCACCAAGGGUGAAGUCCCUGAUGUUCUGAUCCCUUGGAUCAGCAGAGCACGUCUUCAGCUGCGAGAGCGUUUUCGCUCGGAGUUUCCUGUUCUGCGCUUGCACUCUGACAGAGGUGGCGAGUUCUCCUCCGACCUGUUGGCAGCCUACUGUGCCGAGCAUGGCAUUCGCCAGUCGUUCACGCUCCCGGCCUCUCCACAGCAGAAUGGGGUUGCUGAGCGCCGCAUUGGCUUGGUCAUGGAGGUCGCUCGUACCUCCUUAGUCCACGCGGCUGCCCCCCACUUUCUGUGGCCGUUUGCGGUCCGGUACGCUGCGCAUCAGCUCAACCUCUGUCCCCGUGUCUCCGCUCCGGAGACCUCGCCCACACUGCUGUGGACGGGGGAGGUUGGCGAUGCGUCACGCUUCCGUGUCUGGGGAUCCCGAGCUUUUGUUCACAACACGUCUGCGGACAAGCUCUCCUCCCGCACUGCUCCCUGUGCUGCAGUGGUAGACCCCCUUCCCCCUCAGGGUGCCGCUCCCUCAGGUGUCUCUCAGGUAGACCCGGUUGAGCCUGCCGAGGUAGCUGUCGACUCGUGUCCUGCUGGAGGUGCUGAGCCUGAGCGUGCGGAGCCUGAGCGUGCGGAGCCUGAGCGGGCGGAACCUGGGGGUGCUGAGUCUGGGGGUGCUGAUCCUGGGGGUGCUGAGCCUGGGGGUGCUGGGUUUGGGGGUACUGAGCCUGGCGUUGCUGAGUCUAGGGGUACUGCGCCUGGAGUUGCUGAGCCUGGGGGUGCUGAGCCUGGUGGUGUUGCAGUUGACUGUGAGGCGCCUGGAGGACCUCCCUCUUCGCAGCAGCUGCGUGAGUGGUACUCACGGUACUGCAGCCUCCGGCGGGCUUCGAGAGUGGUACGCUCGGCACAUCAGUCUCCGUAG